UUUCUACCCAAUUAAAAGUUUAUCCAAAAAGUUCUAUUUUCAAACGCAAAUGACUGUAGCUUACAAAGCAAUAAAUAUAUAAAUAAAUAAGCAAAAAUACACGGAUGAUCCUUUUGCAUCCUCUGGGUAUUAUUAUUAAUAUUAAUUUGCUUCAUGGUCUCGCCCUUUUCUCUCUCCCUCUCUCCCUCUCUCCCUCUCUCCCUCUCUCCCUCUCUUUCUCUCUUCUCUUCCUCUCUUUCUCUCUUCCUCUCUCUUUCUUUUUUUUUUUUAUUUUUUAUAAUGACUUUAAAUUCAACCAAAAUAAUUAUAGAAAGCCUUUACAGAUUAUAAAUAAUGUAUACUGUUUUAAGAAAUUCCAUAAUUUUUUUUUUUUUUUUGGAAUACACAAUAACCUAUAAUAAGAUCAAUCCCGUUAAAGUAAUAGUAGUAGUAGUAGUAAAGAGCGGGGAGAAGUUCGGCUUUAAGACAC